UUCUUUUGUACUUUCUUCAAUGUUUAUAAGGAUUAGAUUAGAUUACCCUUUAGAUUAUACAAUUUAAUAUAGAGGUGUACUCGCGGGGGCUGCGGGUGGUCGCAAAUUAUUUUCUUCUUCCUGGGUGGGGGUCAUAACAGAAAACAAUUGAGAAGCACUGAGUCAUUCUAACCGCGCAGUUGUCACUUGCGAACUUUGAACUUCAAGUACCAUGCAGUACGCAAUAUCAGCGCGACUCCUCUCGCCACGCAAUUCGGAUUUUCUAGCGACAGCGCUGAAGUUUGCGUCUCGGCGAGACAUGUCGACGCGACCGGUUACUUUGCUCGGUGCCAUGGCCUUCGGAGGCCGGGCGGACGCCGAGCAGAGUCUGGAGAUGGCCAAGAUCUUCCUGGACCGAGGGCACGAGGAUCUGGACACUGCCUUCAUGUACACGGAUGGGAAGUCGGAGACCAUCAUUGGGGACAUGAACCUCCCCAAAACAGUCCGCAUUGCCACCAAGGCAAACCCGUGGGACGGCAAGACGUUGAAACCGGAGAGUGUGCGCUCUCAACUGGAGACAUCCCUUAAGCGUCUGCAGACUGACUGUGUGGACCUCUUCUACCUGCACGCCCCCGAUCACCUCAAUCCAAUCGUGGACACCCUGCGGGCUUGCAACGAGCUCCACAAAGAGGGGAAAUUCAAGGAGUUUGGACUUUCCAACUAUGCAUCAUGGGAAGUGGCUGAAAUUGUGUGCCUGUGUAAACAGAAUAACUGGAUUGCACCCACUGUGUAUCAGGGGAUGUACAACGCCAUUACGAGACAGGUUGAGACAGAGUUGCUGCCAUGUUUGAGGUACUUUGGGAUGAAGUUCAACGCAUACAACCCUCUCGCAGGUGGCCUUCUGACUGGAAAGUAUCACUAUGAGGACAAAGACACAUCUCAGCCCGCAGGGCGAUUCUUUGGUGACAACUGGGCUGCAGUGUAUAGGGACAGGUACUGGAAGCAGAGUCACUUCCAAGCCAUAGAAGUGGUCCAAAAGGCCUUGGAGGUGGCGUACAGCCCGACACCACCCACCCUGUUGUCUGCCGCCAUGCGCUGGAUGUACCACCACUCCCAGCUCAAGGGUGACCUCGGCGACGGCGUCGUCAUUGGGAUGUCCAGUGUGGAGCAGCUCAGACAGAAUCUAGCCGCCACGGAGGAAGGUCCUCUUGAUGAGAGGGUGGUAAAGGCCUUUGGGGACGCUUGGAACCUGGGAGCUCACGAGUGUCGUAACUAUUUCCGAUAGACUGAGCAGAGUGAGAUCCUCCAGGGAUGUCCGGCACAAAUGUGUUGAUGAUCGCUUAAUCAUAGAGUAAUCACAAAAAGUUAGGGAUACUGGGCUUUCGGGUGAAAUUUCAGGAUGAACCUAAAAUGCACUAUAACCUUUACAGGUGAACUAAAUUUGACUUUAUGUAAACCUUUUAAUGCACAUACACCUAUUGAAUGGUUCAUGAAAAUUUCAAUGAACUUCCACAUCUAAUGCCUUUCCUGUUACUCUUCCCGUCUCCUUCAGCUCCUUGGUAGUCAGCAAGUUAUGCGAAAAGUUGGACGUGCGUUCAAAAGUUUAAGUCAAGUUCUCCAGUAAAGGUUACAGCGCAUUUUAAUUUCAUCCUUAAAUUUCGCCCCAAUAUCUCUAACUUUAUGAGAGUGUAUUUUUUCAUAAAUGUGAAAUGGCCUUCAGAGGACUAUAUAACUUCUUUUGAUCAAACAUAAUUUGAAUGUGCACGUACAUGCUCGCCUCCCUUCCGUCUUUAACUCUAAUUAUACCGGAAGAUGAAUUGUACAGCACACACAAUUUUGUAAAAUAGAUGACGCUUCAUUUUCAUAUUUCAUCAGAUUUUACAUGAAAAUAAUUCUAACCUGUUCUCCAAAUUAACAAGUACUCGUAAGCAACAUUUCAGUCCGUAUCUAAAAUGUCAAGUUGGAGAAUACGUUUUUGGGAUGAUGAAAAAAAAGAUGUUGCAUAUGUUUUCUCAAUCGUGAUGUGACGUUUAAGAAUAAAAACAAGAUUACAAAACAAAAAAA